UACUUCAGAAGCAACCCACAAUGCAUCACUGUCCUGUCACGCCCAAAUGGUCAGCCUGUAGUGUCCCAUAAGACUGAAGAGUCACCUUCUUUGUAUAACAAAGUAAGACAAAAUGUAUCACAGAAUCAGAAAAUCAGAAGCUGGCCUGUUGCAGAUCAACAUCAAUAUAGUCGCAACUCACUAUCACCUGUUAUUCUCCCCAGAAGACACAGUAUCUCUGCUAUGACGUACAUGGACAGUAGGGCACCUCAGAAUAUGUCUAACCCAGCUAAUGCUGUACAGCAGAUUUCUUCCUCCUUCAGAAAUCCA